AUGAAUGUGAGCGCGCUAACUCGUCCGGAUCAACAUGUAAUCUUUUUACCCGAUCAUCCGCAUUCUUACGACUCUCAACCCUUUCAGCAGCAGCAGCAACAACACCAAUCCCUGUCAAUACAACCACAUCCACAGCAUCAACAACCACUCCAAUCAUUAGAACCGUGUUCAAACUAUUCCACGGUCCCGGUGAAUCACUCUCCACCGUUCGAAUCGCAUGCCAUGGGUCGGGAAGCUGCAUGGACAACAAGACUGCCUUCAGUGAAUGACAUUCUAACCACAAUCCAAACACCGGAUUCAAUGGUCAAUGGUUUAGAACCAGUCCUAUUCAAUGUGGCUUGUUAUCCGACUGAGCCGAGUGUAGAUUCGUCUAAACUGUCUGUUUGUUGUACCACGAAUGAGUGGGCACUAGAUGAACUGGUAUUCUGUUCAUCAGCCUCGCCUAAUACCACCACCAUCACCACGACCACGUCGAGUACACUAAUCGAUACGGAUGGUCCUAAUCCGGACGGAACCGAGUCCACACUGGCUGUGGAUGCUAUCGGACCGUGGGACACAUUCGAUCGUGAUAUGAGUAUGUUCCCGACAAGUGAAGCAGCUGAGUCGGAGACAGAACAGGUCACCACCUACUUGGAUCACUCGGGGAAACCAAACGAGACGUGUCCUUUUGAAAGUAUGCAACUGAUACAAGAAUGUUUAAAAUCCGAAUCAUUGGUAAGUGCUAUCCACUUACCUUCCCCGUGA